UUGCAGGCUCCAGCCGGCGGGGGAAGCUGAGGCGUCGCAGACGCGCUCAGGCAACCUGGACCAGGCCCGCGGGGCCCUCGGUAAGUCGGCGGCCCUGCCGAGCAGCCGCCUGUUACCUAAGGAUCUGGUAACAUGAAUCCCGUCAUUGUGGUCCAUGGAGGUGGAUCCAGCAGUAUCUCGAAGGAACGAAAAGAGUGCGUGCGCCAGGGGAUCAUGAGAGCCGCCACUGUGGGUUACAACAUCCUCAAGGAGGGAGGGAGCGCAGUUGAUGCUGUAGAAGGAGCUGUGAUCGUACUCGAAAAUGAUCCCGAGUUCAACGCAGGUUGUGGAUCUGUCUUGAACGUAAAUGGUGAUGUUGAAAUGGAUGCUAGUAUCAUGGACGGGAAAGACUUGUCCACAGGAGCAGUAUCUGCAGUCCGCUGUAUAGCAAACCCCAUUAAACUUGCACGUCUUGUUAUGGACAAGACACCUCAUUGCUUUCUGACUGACCAAGGAGCAGCAAAAUUUGCAGCAGCCAUGGGGAUUCCACAGAUUCCUGGUGAGCAACUGGUGACAGAGAGAAACAUAAAGCGCCUAGAAAAGGAGAAGCGUGAGAAAGGGGCUCAGAAACCAGAUUGUAAAAAAAAUUUGGGAACUGUGGGUGCUGUUGCCCUGGACUGCAAAGGAAACGUAGCUUACGCAACGUCUACAGGGGGUAUCGUUAAUAAAAUGUUUGGCCGAGUUGGGGACUCGCCAUGUGUAGGAUCCGGAGGUUACGCUGACAACAACAUUGGAGCCAUUUCCACCACAGGGCACGGGGAGAGCAUCCUGAAGGUGAAUCUGGCCAGGCUCGCUCUCUUCCACGUAGAACAAGGAAAAACAUUAGAAGAGGCUGCGAACCUGUCACUGGGCUACAUGAAGUCCAGGCUUAAAGGUUUAGGUGGCGUCAUCUUGGUCGACAAAACAGGAGGCUGGGUUGUAAAGUGGACGUCCACAUCCAUGCCCUGGGCAGCCGCGAAGGAGGGCAAGCUGUACUCUGGAAUCGAUGUGGGCGAAACCACUACCACUGACCUGGCCUAAACCCCUGGAAGAUAGCUUGGAGUGUCCCCCUCUUGCCAGCACACCUGACCAGAGCCAGCCUCUGCCUGCCACUGCCACAGACCCUCUGGGUCCUCACAGAUCCUCCAGACACUGAGAGGGGCAGGAGGAGCCGACGGAUGUGGAGAUGACACAGCGACUUAACGCGUGCGCACACUGUCCAGUGCUCUGGGCUUUCCCCUCUCACUGAAUUGAGUGUGUGUCCAGCGUGGUCAGCACAAUGAAGAACGUGAUUUUCCUGGUGGAGGGUGUUCCUACUCCUGUCUCUUUACACUGGAAAUGGUCUUACUGCUGUGAAAUAUCUGCUCGAUGUUUUAGUCUACCAGGGCUUCCUUCUCUCUGGAAAGACAUUAGCUUUAAAUUCCAUGUGCCACUAAUAAAAUGUAUUUUGAAGGAAUAACAGUGUGGUUAGGAGUCACUGUUGACAAAGACCAGAAUUUAUACAAGCUUUCCCCUGGCUUCUCAGUUCAGACAGGUGCGCUCGGUACAGAGACCUUUUGAGAUAAGAGUGGUGUGUGGAUGUGGGUUUGAUAACACAUCCUGCCUUGUGGAGUACACGGAAGAGGUUUUUAGAAGAGUUGAGUUUUUUCUGAAUCGGUGAGAGAAGACACCAAACCGCCGUUUGCACUUACCAACAAUGUCUUCUUACAAUUUGCCAGUAUUCGCCCCAGACAAACCAGUUGCUAUCCAGUCAGUUCUGACUCAUGGCAACCCAUGUGUGUCAGAGUAGAACUGUGCUCUGCUGGGUUUUCAAUGGCUGAUUUUUUGGAAGUAGAUCACCAGGAGUUUGUUUCUUCCACGGUGCCUCUGGGUGAACUUGAACUUCUAACCUCUGGCUAGCAGCCAGGCUAACUAGGGAUCAUCCAGGGACUCCUGUUCACCCCAGAUGUAGCCUCACAGUUCUAGCUCCUGCCCCAUGACCCCACUAGAUUCAUAUCAGCUGUUCUGAAUUAAAGAGGCUGACCUGGGUUUGAAAGGUGCUUCUCCCUACUACCUGGGUGACCCUGGGCAAGUUAACCUUUAAGAAAUUUUUCAUCUAUCAAAUAGAUUAUUGUGAAGAGUAAAUGAAAUUAAGGGGAAAUUGCUCAGUGUUUAUUUUAUGGACCCUAUAGACAAAUACUGUUGGCAAAGAAUAUUGGACUGCCAGAAAAACAAACAAAUCUGUCUUGGAAGAAGUGCAGCCAGAAUGCUUCUUAGAGGCACAGAUGGUGAGACUACAUCUCACAUACUUUGGACAUGUUAUCAGGAGGGACCAGUCCCUGGAGAAGGACAUCAUGCUUGGUAAAGUAGAGGGUCAGUGAAAAUGAGGAAGACCCUCAAUGUGAUGGACUGGCACAGUGGCUGUAACAAUGGGCUCAAGCAUAGCAACAGUUGUGAGGAUGGCACAGAACCAGGCAGUGUUUCAUCCUGUUGUGCACAGGGUCGCUAUGGGUCAGAACCAACUCGAUGGCGUCUGACAACAACAUGGACAAAUACGGAAACUGUGGCCAGGCCCAGGAGAGGGUCUGUGUGUUUGUUUAUGUCCUUAAGAGCUUCGCUGUAUGACAACUGCUCCAUUAGAGGUAAGUGUUUUGUUAGGAGGCAGAGCAGAAUCACGUUAGCCAUUAAAGGUAGAAGCUGUCUUUGGAAGAGAAAAUAAAAAUCAUGAAGUAAAUAAGGAGAAAGGGUGGCAGGAGGGUGAGCUUGGGAGGCCAGUUGGAAGAUCUGAUUUAGAGCUGACCUCAUCCGCUUUGCCAUUCACAGGGGAAGGGACCCUAGUUACCAAAAACACUGGAGGCUCAACUGUGGCCACUUGACCUCUUUGGUCCUGCAGCCCAGGGUGCUUCAGCCCCUUUGUGCAAAGCCAGGGUGUGUGUUGUUGCUCUCAGAUCUUGGUUCCGCAAAAAGCCAGCUUCACUAGCUUCGGAGACCAGGCAUGGUCCCCCCUUUAGCCCCACACGUUGUCCAGUGGCCUGGUCCAAAACUGUUGUUUUCAGAGCAAGUAAAUGAGCAAGCUCUUUUCUGAAAGGUCAUCGAUGAGCUUUUUAUCGCUCCUACGCCACAA